GCUCCUGGUGUGUAUGUUGCUGGGGGAUGUCCUGGGCUGGGUGACCCCUGGAGUUCGUGUUGGGGUCGAGGCUCAGGCCAAUGAAAGGAGAGUCCUGGCUCACAUUCCUGGUGACAUCAUCAUAGGAGCACUGUUCUCCGUUCACCACCAACCUCCUGCAGACAAGGUCCAUGAGCGUAAGUGUGGAGCUGUCAGAGAACAGUAUGGUAUCCAGCGUGUGGAGGCCAUGAUGCACACUCUGGACCUGAUCAACUCUGACCCUCACCUCCUCCCCAACAUCACUCUGGGCUGUGAGAUCAGGGACUCUUGCUGGCACAGUGCAGUGGCAUUAGAACAGAGCAUAGAGUUUAUCAGAGACACGCUGGUCUCCAACGAGGAGGAGGAGAGUCUGAGCAUGGGGAAAUGUCUGGGGGAGGACGGGAUAGAGAUGACCCCUGUUAGAGGGAAGAAACCCAUUGUAGGAUUGAUAGGACCGGGUUCCAGCUCUGUGGCCAUCCAGGUGCAGAACCUGCUACAGCUGUUCAACAUACCACAGAUCGCUUACUCUGCUACCAGCAUGGACCUCAGCGACAAGAGUCUGUAUAAGUACUUCAUGAGGGUGGUGCCGUCGGAUGCUCAGCAAGCCAGAGCUAUGGUGGACAUCGUCAAGAGAUACAACUGGAGCUAUGUCUCUGCUAUACACACAGAGGGUAAGUCCUUAU